AUGUACUCUUGCUCCAACUACCCGCGCGGAUGUCGCGGCCGCGUCAACAUCCAGGGUGGAAAAUGCCCCGACUGUAUACAACUCAAACUUCGCCGACCCUCCUCCCUGUCCUCCUCCCCCUUCGCACAGCCUCGAGACUACCGGCGCGCCCUGCCCUCGGAGAUCCUCACAGGCUCGCCAUAUAAAGACCUACACUGA